AUGCCUCAAUCCUGGGUGCAGAAGCAGCAACAGCUGGGGCCAAAUUUCCAACACCCAGAGGGAAGAGAAAAGAGGGUAUCAAGGGAAAAAAUAAUAAGACGAAGAGGGAAGAGUUUCACUCUUACCAUCACCGUGUUCACCAACCCUCCUCAGGUGGCCACGUACCAGAGAGCCAUUAAGAUUACAGUGGACGGCCCCCGAGAGCCAAGACGUCAUCGUCAGAAGAUGGAUGAAGUUAAACCCGGAACGCUGGCUUUCUCCGAGAGGCUCACAGAGCUGGAGCAGCUGAGACGGAGCUCCAUGAGGUUGACGCCUCCUCACCACCAUCACCAUCAACACCCCGCCAACAGCCGCCAGUCUGCAGCACUCAACUCUGCCAGCCACUUCUCCAGCCCUGCACACGCUCAGAUUACUGCUGACUCCAGGCAGAUGCAGUCGUCUCCAUCUUGGUCCUACGACCAAUCGUAUCCCUACCUUGGCCAGAUAACCACGCCCACCGUCCACACAGCCAAUCCCCUUUCGCCUGGUCGAUCUACGCUCAGUGACCUGUCCUCGCGUCUCACAGGUCCUGACCUCACAGCCUUUGGCGACCACAGGAUGACCUUGGAACGACCUUUCACCUCCCUCCCCUCCUUACCUGACUCCCGCUUCUCGGAUCCCCGGGUCCACUACCCCUCUACAGCCACCGCCUUCAGCUACGCCCCCUCUCACAACGCCGUAUCCAAUGGCACCCUCGGCCUAUCCAUGGCGACGGCCAUGGCGAACACUCCAGCGGGGAGGUACCACACCUACCUGCCUCCCCCCUACCCGGCGAACACCCCCCACCAGGGUCAGAACGGGCCCUUCCAGUCCACCUCCUCACCGUAUCACCUGUACUAUUCCACCACCGCCGGAUCAUACCAGUUCUCAAUGAUGGCCGGCGGUGGGGGAGGCACCGACUCUCGCUCCCCGCCCAGGAUCCUGCCGCCGUGCACCAACGCCUCCACAGGCUCCUCCCUCCUGCACCCCUCUUUGCCCAAUCAGAAUGAAGGAGUGGGGGUGGAGGUGGAGUCCAGCCACAGUAGCUCCCCCACAAACAUGGCCGCUGCAGAGUCCGUCUGGAGACCGUACUGAAGCAGGCUUAAGGUGCUCCCUGGUCAUGUGACUUCACUGAAUAUACCCACCAACACAAAAUAUGAUGUGACACGAGGCACAAUUCAAUGUAAAAACGUGUCAAAAAACAGAUAACUCGCUCCAACAAUCUUAUCUCGGUUAAAGGAUGAGGAAGUCCGAUGGUAUUUUAUAUUUUUUACGCAUGAAGAGCGCCAAACCAACCAUGUGUGUCUCUCUCUCUGGAUGCUUUCUGACUUUACCAUCCCUCUGCUAUCUAUGUUGUUCCCAGAUUUCAUCCUAGACCUUACUGAUUUUACACACCUCUACUGUGAGUGGAGUUUCAUCAGUCAGGUUAGAGGAAAUGUUGCCACACAGGGUACAAUGUUGAGGGUCACCUUUCCUUGGGUAAACUACAAUUUUAAAACCUGCUUACUAUUUUAUUUAUAUUCAAGCACUGGAUUUUUUCGUGACAUUAAAUAUUUGGAAAGACUUCACAGAGCACGGUUCGUCAUGACUUACCCAGGAGGGGGAUAAGAGCACCCAGUUUAAACAGCAGUGAAAUAACAUUGAAAAGGACUUGAGAAAAUGUAGUGGAUAUGGACAGAUGAACGCAGCUUCCUUUGUAAAAAAAGCGACUUUCUCAUAAAUGGUGUUCAUUAGAGAUGAUUUGCUCAUGCCAAAUAAUACGAUUGCCUGUUUAUGUUUGUCAUUGUUUCUUCCCAUGAUUGUACCUCCUCUCUCAUUCUUCUGACAUUUUUCAAAAAACUGCCCAUUAUUGUCAUCAAUAAAAUAUGAAGACUAUUGGUGUUAUUCCGGCCCUUGAGACAAAUUUGGACAGAAAAUAUAAAAACUGCAACAAAUCUUAAUUGACUGAUUACAUAUUUAUCAUGGACAGGCCUUACCACACUGAUUUCUACAUAUUUUGAGAGAACAUUACAGCAUGGAGUUCUGUAAAAUGCAUUAAUUUAUUCCAUUUUGGUAGCAUGUUGUGUGUGUAUGUGUGCGUGCAUGCGUGUGUGAGUGAUCCACUGUCGAUUUGUACUGUAUAUAACCAUGGCUGAAAAUGACACCGGCAUUUGAUCCUGUUUUCAUCACCCCUUCUCUUUUUGUUCUGACAUGUUGAUAGUACAUUUUUGAUUUGUGUUUUAUAUAAAAGUUCUUGGGAAAUAAUCAAA